CAACUUUCAGGCUUUGAUACAGCCAUGUAUUAUGGUGGAACUAUGUUAAAAAUGGCAGGAUUUGCUAUCAUUAAAGAAGCAAUUGUAUUUUCUAUACUAUUAUCAAUCACAAAUUUUGUAAUGACUGAUAGGGUAGGUCGUAGAACUAUACUUUUGUACACAAUAAUAGCAACUAUUAUUGGAUUAUUUCUUCUAGGAGUUGGAUUUGCUUCUAUUAUUGGAUUUGUACCUAAACAAGUUGCAUGUACUGAUUAUGUAACAAGAUGUGCUGCUUGUGUAAUUGAUGAUAGAUGUGGAUUUAGUAAACGUUUAGGUGGAAUUUGUUCACCAAAAACUGAUUAUGAAGAAUUCUAUGAUUCAUGUCCUGAUGGCAAUGUACUUAAAAGUUUAUUUGCUCUUUUCACUUUGAUGCUUUUUAUAACAGGUUAUGCACUAGGACUUGGUCAUGCACCAUGGUUAAUACAAA